GUUCCACAUGCACUUUACUUUCCUUUAUCUCUUACAACUCUCUUUCUGCUUACUUUUACUCAUCUUUAUCUUAGUCCUUCUUCUUAUCUUCUCAACUACGAAUAAUAUUCUGGUUUUUUACUGCUUUUUGCCCCCACGUCAUCAACUAAUCAUACCUUCAGCAUAGUAUACCCUUAUUCAUAAACCUGUAAAGAGCAUCAGAGAGUAUACUUUGCCGCCCAUGAGAGAAAAAUCAACAACUCAGCAAAAUCAGCAACAGCUAAAAGCAGAUACAGAGGAGGAUAUUGUCGGCCAUAGCGACGUUGAAAAAGUAAAAAAUGCGAAAACGGCAAAGAAAAGUAGUAAGAAUGCAUCAUCAAACGCCAGUAGCGCCACUAAACUCAAUGCGAACGGAGCGCCCAAAAGGCAAAAAAUUGUGAAGGCAUGCAGAGAUUGUCGCCGCAGAAAGGUUAAAUGUGAUGGUGGAACACCUUGUGGUACAUGUCGAAGAUCAUCUAUACCCUGUAUUUUUGAGGCUUCAUCACCCAAAAAAGCCAACAGUAGCAAUAAUAGUGGAAGUGGUUCAAGUACAACAGCAGGAGCUGCCGGAUUAGUUGCAACAACGGCAGCCACAAAGCAUUACAUUGAAUCGUUAGAGAACAAAAUAAAUGUUAUUGAAAGAGCUCUCAAUUCGUUGGGUGAGCCUACAAUACAGUUGGUGGAGGAAGCGAUGCGUAAACAACAAUUAUACACAGACAAUAAAAAUACGAUAACGAACGUACAGCAGGGUAAAAUCAGAAGUGCAGCUUGCUCUUAUAUAGUUUAUGUACAUGCAUAUUGACAUUAUUUGACUCUAUUUGGAUUCACAGGUAUUACACCGCUGUUUAGUUCAACUGAUGAUAAGAAUAGAUUUUUUAUCAACGAGUUCGGCAGCCCUAAUUAUAUGCAAGAUAUCAUGGCAACAGCAUAUAUAGAUUCCCAAUCGUCGUCCUCACCAUCACCAUCAUCAUCCAAAAGCAGUAGUGGUUUACUACAGCCACCGCUGUUCGUGAUCACAGAAAUUGAAAGUGAUUACAUACAGUUCUACUUCAUUCAUAUUCAACCUUAUUAUCCUU